AUGCGUAUACAAAAACAAUUCUUGUCCUUCCGCAUUGGCCCAGAGACUCCCAAAAUUGGUGAACUUUUGAAAACGACCUGCAGUGAUGAUGAGGACGAAGAGCUGGAGGCUACAGAAGUCGAGCUCGAUGAACAAACUCGUCGCCGACGUGCUCGAAAAACAAAGAAAACCUUGAGGUCAAAACGAGGUGCAUCCACUCUGACUACUUUGCUGUCACUAAGAAUGAAAGGAAAACGAGGAAAGCGACAAGAUGAUGCCGCCGGAGGAUUGGCUGACUUGGGCAUCUGCUUUGGCGAUAUACUACCAGCCGUUAGGGAAAAGUAUCCAAACCAGAAAAUUGCUAUACAACUUCGAACAGCUCGUGCACCAUCUAUCAUACUCAGCGCUGCCCGCGGA